AUGGAAAGUCGCUUAGGCUUUAAGGAGCUUUACUCCCGGUCUAACACAACUGACAGGCAGGUGAUGGGCCAGGGAGGUGCAGUAGGGAUGUCUGGAGAUGGACACAAAAGGCAUCAUGCCCCUGUGCCAUCCCUGGCACCAUCUCCGGGGACGAUCUCCCGGCAUCAUCCCCCCGACACCAUCCUCCGGCAUCAUCCCCCCGACACCAUCCCCCCGACACCAUCUCCCGGCAUCAUCCCCCCGGCAUCAUCCCCCAGCACCAUCCCCCAGCACCAUACCCUGGCAUCAUCCCCCGGCACCAUCCCCCGGCACCAGCACCUGGCAUCAUCCCCCGGCACCAUCCCCCGGCAUCAUCCCCCAGCACCAUCCCCUGGCAUCAUCCCCAAGCACCAGCACCUGGCAUCAUCCCCCGGCACCAUCCCCCGGCAUCAUCCCCCAGCACCAUCCACCAGCACCAUCCCCCAGCACCAUCCCCCAGCACCAUCCCCAAGCACCAUCCCCCGGCACCAUCCCCUGGCACCAUCCCCCGGCACCAUCCCCCAGCACCAUCCCCAAGCAACUGGCAUCAUCCCCCAGCACCAUCCCCUGGCAUCAUCCCUGGCACCAUCCCCCGGCACCAUUCCCUGGCACAAUCCCCCAGCACCAUCCACCAGCACCAUCCCCCAGCACCAUCCACCAGCACCAUCCCCCAGCACCAUCCCCAAGCACCUGGCAUCAUCCCCCGGCACCAUCCACCAGCACCAGCACCUGGCAUCAUCCCCCAGCACCAUCCACCAGCACCAUCCCCCAGCACCAUCCACCAGCACCAUCCCCCAGCACCAUCCCCCAGCACCAUCCACCCGCACCAUCCCCCGGCACCAUCCCCCGGCACCAUCCGCCAGCACCAUCCCCCAGCACCAUCCCCAUCCCCCGGCACCAUCCCCCGGCAUCAUCCCCCGGCACCAUCCCCCGGCACCAUCCCCAAGCACCAUCCCCAGGCACCAUCCCCCGGCACCAUCCCCCGGCACCACCCCCCAGCACCAUCUCCCAGCAUCAUCCCCCGUCACCAUCCCCUGA